GGGAGCCGGGACGGGAAGAGGAGAAGAUAAGCGAGGUCCUCUCAUCCAUCCAUGGCUGCCCACUGGAGCUCAGGAGAAGCCAAUACGCAGCCAUGCUGCACCUAGCGCCGAAGCUGCAGCCUCGCCCACGCGGCUGCGUCUUCUUCCUCGGCGCCGGCAAGCCCAUGGCCUGCAGGACGAACCCAUAUUCAUUCCUCCCUCCCGCGUCGUCCUUCGUCCCCAACUCCGGCGGCGUGCAGCUGACGGUGUCGGACGCGGAGCUCUCGGCCCGUGGCUUCACGGCGCGGCGCACGGCGGAGGGCCUCGACGUGGCGGCCCUGAACGAGGUGUUCGCGCGCGUGGGCUUCCCGCGGCGGCAGGAGGCGAGGCUCCGGCGGGCCCUGGCCCACAGCGAGGUGGCCUGGGUGGCGUCGGCGGCGACGGGCCGGCCCUUGGCGUUCGCGCGGGCCGCGGGCGACGGCGUGUUCAACGCCGUGGUGUGGGACGUGGUGGUGGAGCCCUCCUGCCAGGGGCUCGGCCUCGGCCGCGCCGUCAUGGAGCGGCUCGUCGCCGGCCUCCGCCUGAAGGGCGUCGGCAACAUCGUGCUCUACGCCGAGCCAAGGGUGGUUGGCUUCUACCGGCCGCUCGGGUUCGCCAUGGAUCCUGACGGGAUCAGAGGCAUGGCCUACUACAAAUCCAGGCAGCAGAACCAGACCACGAACACCACAUCAGAGUGAUCUAUCUAUCUGUGUAUUUCGUUCUUUGCUCAAAUUCCUUGUUUGAAUCGCAUUGUUUGUAUAGAAGCAUCGGGAAUUUGAAGGGAAAUGUUGCAAUUGAUGAUGAAUACACACUUAUGAAUUGUGA